AUAAUCAUGAAAAAUUGAGAACGAGAGUGUCUAGAUUAUGGGGAAAAUUGCAUACAAAAUGGCCAUGCAGUUGGGUUCAAAUUUAAUACACAAGGCUGGCGUGGUCCGUUUGUGGGAACUUGAAUUCAUUCUGAUUGGUUAUCUGAUCUGCGAUUUUGGUGUUUCCGUGUAGGAUUGGUUUAACCGAUCCGAGCAUGAACUCCUCCAUUCAAUUCUUUCUCGUCUUAUUUUUCUUUAUUAAAUUUUCAUUCCGUUCUAUCAAUCAUUUCAAGCCAAUCACCUGCACUCGCCUCCUGUUUCCAUUUGCCGCCAAUUAAAUUUCCCAGAAAUUUUGCUGCAGAAUCCUCCAGGUUUGACCCCUCAAUCUUCAUUGACUUACUACAAUAAUCCCAAGCAGGUUUCCGAUUCGAUUCUGUGUUAUUUAUCGGAUUUUUCCUUUCCAUUUGUUGAGAGGGAAAAUCUCAACGAUUUUCUCGACCCUCUCACUGUUUGUCGCGCCAUUUUUUUGUACGGUUUCGUGCCUUUCAAUCUUGAAUCUGGGUUUCGGUUUGAUUUCGGUUCUAUAGACUCUCCAUCUUGCUAUUUGGAAAUUUCUCUGUAUGGAUUUUGAACUUGUUAGAAGGGGCUUGGGAUUCUCCCAAAGGAGGAAGAAAUGGCUUGUUCUAUUGGCUCUCAUGGGGGUCUCUGGUUACGGAGUUUAUAAGGUCUAUCAUUUCCCCUCCGUCGAGAGGAAGAGGAAGAGGCUGAUGAAGCUCUUCGGUACCAUGAUUUCCGUCGCUGAAAUGGUUGCGGAUUCUUCUGAAGCAAUCGGAGUAAUUUCUAAAGAUUUGAAGGAGUUUCUGAAAUCUGAUUCCGAUCAAAUUCCCAACAGCUUGAAGCAAAUUUCCAAACUCGCUAAAUCGGAGGAAUUUUCGGAGUCUCUGGAGAAGGUCACCGAGGCAUUUACGGUUGGGAUGAUGAGAGGGUAUAAAUCUGUAACAAAGAACGACGGAAAUUUGGAGGCUGAUUCGGUGAAUUCGAGCUCUUCUUCUGACGUCGUCGAGAAGCUUUUCUCAACAGCUGGGACUGGUUUUGCUUCUGUUGUGGUUGGAAGUUUUGCAAAGAAUUUGGUGAUGGGGUAUUACUCGAUCCCUGGAUCAGUCGAUGAUGCUUACAAAUCUGGAUCUGAAUUUUCAGACGUGCCUAAAUGGGUAACUGUGGCCUCCGAUGAGAAAUGCAAGAAUGUUAUAGCAGAUUGCAUACAAGUUUUUGUUAGCACUGCAGUUUCUGUAUAUCUUGAUAAAACAAUGGAUAUUAAUGUGUACAAUGAUCUCUUUAGUGGAUUGACCAAUCCCACUCAUCAGGACAAGGUGAAGGACAUGGUUGUUUCUGUUUGUAAUGGCGCUGUGGAAACUCUUGUAAAAACAUCUCACCAGGUCUUGACAAGCUCGCGAUCGUCUUCGAAUUUGAGUCCGGUUUCAUCCUGUAAUGGACUGUCAAAGCUAGGAGACGAUGUCUUUUCAGAAGAAGCUUCUUCAAAGAAGAUGGCUGCGGGCAGCUCAAUUGAGAGUUGCCAAAAUGGGUGGAUUGACACAGUUUCAUCUACUCUGGCAGUUCCUAGAAACAGGAAGUUUGUGCUUGAUUUAACUGGUAGAGUGACAUUUGAAACGACAAGAUCUGUUGUGGAUUUUUUGUUAUGGAAGCUAAUGGAUGGUCUCAAGAGAAGUUUUGGUACAGUUCAUGAUGAAGUUGUGGGUAGGGGUUUGGAAGUCGUAAGCUACUUCAGUGCAAAGUCUUCUGUUAUUGUUACAAUUUGUGUAGCAUUAUAUCUACAUGUUUUUGUUGGCACCGGGCUUCUGUUAUCUGCAUAAUAAUAGAGCGGAAAGCAGUUCAAGCCACUUAGAUUAGAAAGUAUAUACCAGUGUUGCAUUUAGGGAAGGUUUUGGACUUCCUAUCAUUCAAAUUUGAAUGAUGAUCAUACUUCUUGAACAAAUGCAUACAUUGAUGCUUAAGUAACUCUGAUUCUCUGGCUUUUCUACAGGAUGCUUUUGAUAUAUUCUAAUACAGUUGAGAGCCAAGUUCUUCAUUCACCCAGAUUGAUGCAUUUCAAAUAGCUACAUGACUUGGAAGCCUAAUGCAAUUUCAUCCUUUGUUCCAAACACCCUAGUUAAUAACGAUUGAAACCGUUUUGCAGAGCCGCUGGCUAUUUUGAACUGCUUUGGAUAUCACAAAGUAAUUUUGUUCUGAAUCUUAAUGGCAUGUUCUUGAUCCGGUGAGGCCUGCAAACACCACCAUCUUGGAUGUCUCGCGGGGAUGUCGUUGCUGGAAAGUUGAUGAACUUUCUAUUUCCGUGAACUUCCUCAAUAUACUCUAAACAAAUGCUGGAUGAAGUUCUUUCUGGAUGGAAAGUAAACAAACGAGAGUAAAAGCUGAAGUGAGAGGGAAGGAUAAUAGGGGAAGCUGCCAGCUAUGAGCGGCGGCAAAUACACUCAUGCAGGCCCCGUAGGACCAUUGCGGGUAGCUUCUUCUCCAUCAGAUCAAAUUCUAUGGAGUCAAGAGUGAGAACUUCUUCAUCAACCCAUGGCUCUCCAGCAUGUGGGAAGCUUGAUGGAGUAGCAACUUGGCUCAUCAAUGGCUUUGUCACAGCUUUCUUUGGAUCCUUGGAACGAUGCUCUUGUAUUCGUAUUGCCACAGCUGAGGACGACGGCGAUGAGUCGAAUGACGCUCCUUUGAUCCCAAAAGAUGUAAUCCAUCGACAGGACGGCGAUGCAGCUGGCCGGAGGAGGGCCGGGAAAGGCAAGAAGUGUCAGCCACUUGUAGCUGCAAUCUAAUGAACAACUCUGCUACUUAUCUUGAAUAACCCAAAUCAAAAAGCUCCUCUUUUUCGUUGGUAAGUGAUAUGAAGAAGCUUCUGAAUCUGGGAAACGUACUGCUUUUCUAAAUUAUUUACAAGUGUUUACUGUUCUUAGCAACUCAAUCUCAGCUACAAUUUAAUCUCAAUCUCAGUUAAUAACUUCAAUAACAACUCAAAUUUUGAUCUUCUCAUUAUUAA